AUGUUCAAAAUUUUGUCUAUAAUUUUUUUAACAACUUGUGUUCUUUCUGAGAACAUAACAGAAGUUAUUGACGAACCUUUGCCCAAUACAAAGUUAUCAAAAUUCUACAACUGCAAAGAGUUCGAAAGAGACGAAAGCUACAAAGGUCAUCUUUGUACCUUUGAACAUUAUGAACGUCGUUACGACAUUUUGCCAGUUGGCAAUUCCCAAAUCACAGAAGUCGAUUUCCAACUUUCGGAACUCUUUGACAUCCCGACUACUUUGUUCAAGAUCUUCCCAAAGGUUGAAUAUGUGAACAUGUCGAACACUUUGAUCAAGAGAAUCUCAACAACGAGUUUUCGUUCAGGAGCUAAUCUAAAAACUGUUGUUUUGGACAACAAUGAGGUUCGUACAUUGCCUGAAAAUGCUUUUCGGGGCGCCAUGAAACUUGAAGUUGUUUCGUUGAAGUUCAAUCGAAUCACGGAGGUUGAUAGAGAUGCGUUCAAGGAUUCAGUGAACCUUAAAGAGUUGUAUUUGAAUGGAAAUUCAAUUGAAAGUCUUGAUCCAGCUACGUUUUAUGGACUUGAAAAGUUAUCGAUUGUUUCCUUAACGGAGAAUAAACUCAAAGAUCUUGAUGUGAGAAUGUUUUAUAAGAAUCCUGUAAUCACUGAAGUGUAUUUGAACAAAAAUUUCUUGGAAAAAUUGUCUUUACGAUUCCGUCAAAAUUCACUCGUAACAUUGGAUGUUAGUGACAAUGGCAUUUCUGAACUGAAAUUACACGUGGAAGAAGAAAAUUUGUUCAAAACGAAAUUUUCCUUGAACGCGAACAAUAACAACAUCACAUCAUUUGCCAACAUUUCUUCGAAAUUGAAACUCAACGAGUUACGAGCUUCGAAUAAUUCGAUUCAUGAAUUCAGUUCCGUGCUCUCUCGUUUCUCCAUAACUGUACUCGACUUGAGCCAUACUCGAUUUGGUCCUAUUUUGAAAAAUACUUUUUCAAAUCUGAUUCAUCUCAAGGAAUUAUCUUUGAACAAUUCAAAAGUAACCGAAAUCAGCGAAGAUGCUUUUAAAAAUAACGAAAAACUUGAAGUUUUGAACGUUGCGAAUAACAAGUUGAUGAUAAACGACGUGAAAAUGUUCGAAUCUGCAAAGGAAUUGAAAAUUCUUGACAUCAGCGGAAACAUUAUCAGUCCGAAACUGAACAUAAACGAGUUUAAAUCAGCUUUGAAGCAUCUUGAAAGGCUCGAUUUGGAAACAGCUCAUCACUAA